UCAGUAGCAGAUGUGCAACCCUCUGUGCUUGACUUAUCGUUGUUCUCGGCCUGUUCAUUUCACAAGAAAGAUGUCGCCGUCUCUGUUUAAUUUCAGUGAUGCUAAAGAGAGAUUUACGAGCGCAACCAGAAUUGCACUGGACAGCAAAACUAGCAAGACCUUAAUAAAUGCAUUUAAUCAGACCCCUGGAACUGAGACAGAAAAGAAAACAACACUCGAUCAAGCUUUCAGAAGCGUUCUUGAGGAGGAAAUCAUUCAACGAAAAGCUAGUUGUGAAGAUUUUCUGGGUCUUAUUUAUCUUAGCAUUGAUGGAGUGACUGAAGGCAUUUGCUCGGCAACAACACCUUUUCUACUUCUUGGAGAUGUGCUGGACUGCCUUCCCCUGGAUCAGUGCGAUAAAAUAUUUAGCUUUGUUGAGGAAAAUGUUUCGACCUGGAAAUCUAACUCUUUCUAUUCCGCUGGGAAAAACUACCUCCUACGAAUGUGUAAUGAUCUUCUAAGACGACUGUCUAAGUCCCAGAAUACAGUUUUCUGUGGAAGAAUCCAGUUAUUUUUGGCAAGACUGUUCCCACUUUCAGAAAAGUCAGGCCUGAACUUGCAGAGCCAGUUUAACCUAGAAAACAUCACUGUGUUCAAUAAGAAUGAGCAGGAGAGUACAUUGGGACAGAAGGAAUCUUUCAUUAAGGGCUCACAUUCUUUGUCCUCCUGUCUACAGCACCCAGAGGAAAGGGAUGAUGGCAUGGAGGUGGAGGAAGGAGAGAUGGGAGAUGAAGAAGCCCCCACUACCUUCAUAAAGAAGCAAGCAUCACUCAAAAUACAGAGUGGGCCAGAAAAAAGCUCUAUUCCCAUAGAUUACAACCUGUAUAGGAAGUUUUGGACUCUGCAAGAUUACUUCAGGAAUCCACUGCAGUGCUAUGAGAAAUAUUCCUGGCUGACAUUUCUUAAGUACUCUGAUGAAACUCUGUCUGUGUUUAAAAGCUAUAAGCUGGACGACAUGCAGGUUUCCAAAAAAAAGCUGGAGGAACUGAAAACUACAGGCGGGGAAAAUGUAUACUUUGCUAAAUUCCUCACUAGUGAAAAGCUGAUGGAUCUACAGCUGAGCGACAGCAACUUCAGACGCCACAUACUUUUACAGUACCUGAUAUUGUUUCAGUACAUGAAAGGACAGGUCAAGUUCAAAAGCUCAAGUUGCGUACUGACUGAUGAACAGUCGUUGUGGAUGGAAGAUACCACCAAAUUGAUAUACCAGCUGCUCAAGGAGAUACCUCCUGAUGGGGACAAAUUUGCAUCUGUGGUAGAGCACAUUUUAAACACUGAAGAAAACUGGAACACAUGGAAAAAUGAAGGAUGUCCAAGUUUUGUAAAAGAAAGGCCAGCAGAAACCAAACCAAUUCGACCUGCGAGAAAACGGCCAGCUCCAGAAGACUUCCUAGGGAAGGGUCCGGACAGGAAAAUCUUUAUGGGAAAUGAUGAACUAACCCGGCUCUGGAAUCUUAACCUGGACAACAUGGAAGCUUGCAAGUCUGAGCGCAGAGAGUUUAUGCCUUCAUUGGAGGAGUUUUUUGAAGAUGCUAUUGAACAAGCUGAUCCAGUAAACAUGGUGGAAGACGAGUACAAGGCAGUGAACAACUCAAACUAUGGCUGGAGAGCACUGCGGCUGUUGGCACGUAGGAGCCCUCACUUUUUCCAACCAACUAACCAGCAGUUUAAGAGCUUACCUGAGUACCUGGAAAACAUGGUCAUCAAACUAGCCAAGGAAUUGCCACCUCCGUCUGAGGAGAUUAAAACCGGAGAAGAAGAUGACGACAAUGAUGAUCCCUUGCUUAAAGAGAGCAAUGAAAGUCCAGAGGAGCAGCAGCAGAAGCCGGUGACCGGACAGCAGUUAGAUGCAAUUGCCAGCAAGCUAGGGGAGGAGUGGAAGUCUCUGGCACAUCAUCUGGAGAUGAAGGAAACAGAUAUUCAUGAAAUUGAGUCAGACAGUGAGGAUGUGAAGAUGCGUGCCAAGCUUUUAUUAGUUGCCUGGCAGGACCGAGAGGGAAGCCAUGCCAUAGUAGAAAAUUUAGUUUCCGCUCUUAACAGUGCUGGUUUUAGUGAUCUUGCUGAUAGCUUAAGUGAGCUGUGAAAUAUCAAGGUGGAUUUUGUAAAGCAGCAGUCUUUUUUGUUUUAUAUAGUUUCUAGAUUAUAAAGCAAUUUAUGUAACAAGUACAAGUGAUGACUUUUUUUGUUGUGAUAAAAAUAAACAUUUUGUAACAAGA